UUUUGUUGUGUUCAUUCCCUGGCGAGGCGAACCCUGGUUGGCACUGUGCACUGUGAUGUCCAAGAUCCGUUCUUCCUCGUCGCGCACUAUGAAGCAGAUGGCAGUGAACGGCGACGCACCAUAUCUUCCCCAAGACAUCAUCAGAAGCAUUCUCAAAUGCCUUCCGGUAAAAUACCUAAUCCGAUGUCGAUGUGUCUGCAAAAACUGGAAAAAUCUGUUGAAGACCCCAUCUUUCAUUCUUGACCAUAUCCGCCACUCCAAUAUUCAAAACUCUUCUCUCCUUUUAGGAGGGGCUAGACCAUUCUCGUACUUGUGUUUUCUCGAUCAAAGGAUGCGAGUUCAAGAAGCUCAAAACGCACCUCUAAUCGGUUUCUUGUUGGGUGUUAGUAUCAUCGGUUGCUGCAAUGGCUUGCUCUGUUUCCAACCCAAUAAUGCAUCCAUUUUCGUAUGGAAUCCAGCUACUAGAGAGGUGCAUCCGGAGGAAGAUGGAAUUGGACUAAGAAAUAUAGUACCAGCCCUUACCCAUGCAUUUUAAUUCCAGGGACUAUUUGGAGGAAUGAAAUUGUCUGCCAUUCUGUUGCAUUCCCUGGGCAUAUUAAUGCAGCUGAACGUGAAGGGAGGAAUGGUGAACAAAAUAUUUUUCUGGUCAAUCUCAGUACUAAUGAAGUCAAGACUUUUGCUAUCUCCAGAAACAGCAUGAGUCAUGAUAUUUUCAAUUAUGUGGAAAGCCUUGCACCGGUUGGCAACAACCACAUAGAAGAGAUUUGAUCUUGGAUCUUAAUUUUUACAUUGCAGAUUUUCUUUAAGUUAGUUUGCUGGAAAGGAACCUGUGACAGUGAGGAUCAUUUUGUACCUUUGAGGGUUGAGAUUUUAUAUAGAAUGGUAAAUUGGUAAGUGCAUGUAUUUAAUACUAGAUGUUUGUAACUUUCUUUGACCUGCCUAUCUAUAAUAUCAUGUUGUAAAGUUUUCUUUCAGAGAUGGAUAUGUAAUUUAGCUGAUGAUUUGUGGAUUAUUGGGGACUUUUUAUCUUGGUAA